CUCCGGUGCAAGUAGUUUGGUGGCUGAGGAAGCAUGACAUCAUGCUCCGUCCCUCUCCGCUCCAAACUCCCAGUGAAUCCUGGAUCCGUCCCCGCAGCAGCAAUAAAAAACGUGUCCUCCAGCGUGCAUGCACAGUGAGAUUUGACGCAGCGUUCAGCGGAUUCUCUGAUAAAGCUCCGCUGUGUGUGCGGCAGAGAGACAGGCGGUGAGGGUGUGAGGGCGAGAGGAAUGGCGGACGGGGGACGGUGCCGUGUCUGUGGAGUGGGACAACGGUGAUCGAGCCUUCACUUUGUAACUUGGGCAUUCUGAUGUGGAGCCUGGUGCUCGGCUGUCUUCAUGGAUCCAGAGAAGACACUGACUUUCUGCCUUGGGCUGCAGGCUGAUGAGAGGACGAUGUCCCUGCAGGAGCUGGUUUCACCUAAAGCUACAACAGUGUCUCUGAGGGAGAUUGACAGCAGCACAGUUGAUGAGGUGGUGGUCAGGCAGCCUGUGGUCAGUCCCAAGUACUGUCCAGGAGCCAACAACAGUCCAGGUUACCAGUGUGAAACUGGACACUGCUGUGGAGAAACGGGCUGCUGUACAUAUUACUAUGAACUCUGGUGGUUUUGGCUGCUGUGGACGGUGCUGAUCCUUUUCAGCUGCUUCUGUGCUUACCGUCACCGUCGAGCAAAGCUGAGAAUCCAGCAGCAGCAAAGGCAAAGGGAAAUCAAUCUAAUCGCCUAUAACGGAGCCUGUAACUACCCGUCCUCAAUGCUGGACCUCAGUUUUCUGAGUUCCCUGAAGCUGCCCUCCUAUGAAGAAGUGGCUGCCCACCCCAGCACUCCUCCUCCUCCUUAUAGCUCCAUCUUCGCCCUCCAGGGAGGGACCACAGCAGGGCCCAGCUCCUCUUACCCCCAUCAUCACCACCAUCGACACCCCUGCCCUCCAUACUUGGGCCCUGGCCCAAGCGGGCCGACCUCCUCUCAGAGUUCCGACAACUACACCAGCUGCUCCUGCGAGUCCUGCUCCCUCACCUCCCCGUCCAGCCCCUCCUUCUCGGUCCAGGUGACUGACGAGACGUACAACAGCAGCCGUGUGUCCACACCCAGUGAAGCAGGGGGUGACUAUGUCGUUGUGCCGAGAUCAUCGCCUUCCCCGUCACAAGUUCCCCCUGAUGUAAUACCUGCAGCCACUCCUGAUGUCAUACUGGUGCAGCAACGUUCCUCUGUUGGCAGUGACAGACUAUCGCCUCUUUGUCCUCCUCUUUCUCUCCCUUUACACUCACAACCCUCACAUCCUGCUCGCCUCCCACUCUCCCCUCUUGUCCUGUUAUCCUCUGUUUCUCCUGGUCAAGUUCAUUAUCUAAUGCCCCCCAACCCACCGGCUGCAGUGGGUUCCUCACCUCAUGUUGUAACACUCUCUUCUUCUGCACAGGGUCUGCACUCUUCAAGCGCAGAAAACAAUAGUAAAGAGGAGCAAAAACCAGAUAGAGAAGAAGAGGAGGUGGAAGAAGAUGAGGAGGAUCAUUUCAGCCACCGACGGCUUACAGGUGACUCUGGCAUCGAAGUAUGUCGCUGUCAUGUGAGAAGAGGGGAAGAGGAGCUGCAGAAAGGGCACUUGUAUAAAGAAAAGGGGGAAGGAGCAGUGCAGGAAAGCGUUGAAGGUUCCCUCGGAUCAAAGCUCAUUGUCCAAUCAUCCAUUUUUGAUCCCUGCGAGGAGCGGUACAGUGAGGUUCCCUCCUCCUUUACCGUUAUCUACAAAGCCAGUGAGGCUGUCAUCACCUUGGAGUCAUCAUAACCCGACAGCAUGCAUGAGGUGGUUGAUGAAGCAGGAAUUAGAUGUUAAUGUUUUACAGCAUUCCUAUUGGUCAAGACUAGUAGGUGAAGAAUGGUUAAAUUACUGAAGGAACGUCUGGCAGAUCUUACUGUGAUGGUUGACAGUCAGUAGGUGUGAUGGACCUUUCUGAUCACUCUGUUUGAAAUGAGAAACUCCCAGAGAUACUCAAAACUGAAAAUCUGAAUUAUUGAGAGCAAUGCCUGGGUUUAUGGCAAAAAAUAAACGUGACUCAUUUCUCUCUUCUAUCUAUUCCUUGCUUAAAUCAGUAUAGCUGUAGCUAUGGCUUUGUGGUUACCUGGCAGGCAUUGCAUGCAAACUGACCACAUUGGUAUUCCUUCUCUCCUCUUGGGCCUUUCAUUUUGUGAUGCAGCAUUGCUCUCAGAUGGUCAUUUUAACAUGGAAACCCCAUGUGUCUGGUUCUGGUUGGUGCCUGGAGCGCUAUAGGGAAGAUUGAGAGUGCAAUAUGUGGCUAAUGGUUUAAAAAGAAAUCUGAUUCAGUUUUCUAAAAAUGCUUCUGACAGGAGAUUCAGACUUUUUUUGAUAGAUGCACCAACCAGUUGGACAGUUGUUUCUUUAUUCACUUUGAUUGUUGGUCGGCAGGUCAAAUAAAGAAACAAUGCAAUUUUUCCUACUCGUUGGAUGCAUUAAAAGUAACAACUCCCAACCUUUUAGGUCUAUAAACACAUCAACCAACAGCAUGUACUUAGAUGCACCUUUUUGAGUUUGCUCAGAUGCAAAUAGGGGGAAUAAUAUUGUAGUUCUUUCAUUUUCUCUUGAAUUUAAGGCUUCUACUGCAAUCAAAUAACUGUUUUUAUUAUGUGUUAUCAAUCUUGACUGAUUCUGAAAUAUUAUGAUAUGAAACAAUAUGAUUUUGAUAUUUCAGAAUCACUCGCAAUCGGAAGGUCAGACCUUAAAAGAAUCUGUAAAUCAGUCUGAUUGGUGUAUUUUGUAUGUUUUUUUUAACUCUGGACAGCUGUGUGUGAAAUCGGAGAGCUAAUACCAGCUCAUUUUGGGGAUGCAACAACUGACUGUUUUACAUUUAAUCCAGCAAAAAGAUAAGGAUCCACUGCCUUAUGUAACACUCCUCAUUUCAUGCAUUUAAGUGCAAAGCACAUCUUCAAGCCUGUUUAACAAAUAAUAAUUUCCUGAAGUGGCAGAAGAAUAUGAAGAUUCACUCUAGGGUGAAUCAUAGAAGCUUCUAUAUUUAGAUGUGCAGCUUCAAAACAAAACUGGAUCAUGUAUAUAAUGUAGUUUUAACUUUCUUUCUACAAAAUUGAAUUAACAAAUACUGAACAUAGAAAUGUUAAAAUUUGUAAUUCACUUUCUUGUUCAAGAAGCCAGAAAGCAGCUAUGUUUUAAAGCUUUCAUACCUUUACAGUGGUACUAUGGUGGUUCCACUUUGUUGUUCUAGACUUUAGGUGUGAAUACUGCAAUUACCAAAUGUUUAACUUUGGACUGAAAGUGUCUUAGCGUAUUUCCAGUUAACCUUUGCCCGGUUUGAAAGGCAACAUAAAUCCGUUUCCUCCAUGAACUGACUAUUGCAUUUUUACAACAUACACUCUUUAAAAUUAACUUUUGUCAGCUGAUAAUGAAUGUAGAACGUUUAUGCAUACUAAGAAAUAGAGUAAGCUGCAUUGCAAGCUGUGACAAGGCAAUGCAGUCAGAUAGAGCUUUAACAACUAAGGGACUGGUUCUAUGUCUUUCCAUGUUUUGUAAUGUUUUAAAAAUCAGAGGUGGGAUUUUAAGAGAUGGGCGUUUUCAUUUUCUGACCUUCUCCUCAUUGGAUUAAUGUAUGUAAAAUAAUGAGCUGAAUACAGCGCGUGUUUUCUAUCUGCAUUGCAUUUUCUCGUCUGCCUCACUGUUGCUCAGUAAAUCUAUGCGGGGCUAAAAAAGGGCCAUAAAAUUGUGGUAAUUAAAAAAAAUGAAACAGAAUUUCAAGUUUUGACCUUAAAGUUUGAGAAACGAAACUAUGUGAAAUUAAGAGAAGUUAGGGUAAAGGUCCGUGCAUGUGUUGGUAAUUGGUUGUUCCAAUCAUGAAAAAAAGUGUUUUGCACAAAACACCCACCUCUUCCAUAUAUGGGCAGUGGCAUCAUGGGAUGAGGCAUAGAUUUAGCAUUGUAUUUAGGGGUAUUACAAUAAUAGAGAAAACACAUUUAAACUAAAAGAAUCUUCAAUUUUAUUUUAAACCUCAUUUGCAUUUCUACAUUUAAGAUCAAAAUCUGACAAUCAGUUUCAACUUUUAAUUCAUUUGUUUGGUUUUCGAACAAUAUCUUGAAACAAACAAAGAUUAUUGCCCUGAGUUAAAUCUAUACACAUGAAUGACAGCAAGAUUAACUGGCCUGUAGUUAACGUCAAUACAAACUGUACAAGUUUGAGACAAAACAUUGGUCACACUUUCUAUGUGUUUGUUCUGCUAAUUGAACAAUACUAGUUCACUGACUAAAGGCCUCCAAUAAGGCUGCAUCCUUAUUGAAAAGCUGACUUGAUUUCCAGUUAAAUGUUGUCUUUUUUAUGUGAAACUUCAUGAGUUGAUGGACUUGAAGAGGGUUUUUGUUGCAGUUAAUCCUCUGAUUGUCUUUGUUCAAAGAUGUGAAAGGUGCGUGGUUAGUUACUGUCCUCUGGAUAACAGAAGAUACUUGUGAAAUUGAUUUGGUCUUUGUUGAUCAAUGUAUAUUGUGCCUAUAGAUGAAUACAGAUACUCUAUGAGCCAUUCUGUAGUUUCUACAUGUUUUCUUUAGAUUGUGAGUUGUUCUACUUUGGCAAAUGUUUUUACAGUGCUGAACAUUUUCUUUAAAAACUGUAUAUGUGAGACUUGGAAAGAAAAACUGUUUUUAGCAAUAGUACUUGCACUUUUCCUUUUUUGUAUUCCAUGCUGAUUGAUUGGACGUAAACUGUUAUAAAACAUUUACCUCUUCAUAAAAGGUGUGUGAACCAUG